GAACGGUUUCUUCAAUGACGUGCUUCAUGCAACAGCCCGCGUUAGUCGCUAUGAGUAGUCGAGUACGGAGUGACGAUAACAUAAUGCUCAAGUAGGUCGAGAGAGGGAAGGCUCACUGACACUAAACAUGUGAUAAGUGCGGUGUGUGGGGAGGGCGCGUGGGUGAGUGCUCGACACGUCACGGAGGCGCGGGGGCGGAGGUCUCACUGUUUAGUUAUUGUUUACACUCGUCACUCGCUUCACUAGCCAGUACAUUCGCACAUUCCAACACAGACGGCCGAACGUCGGUCGCGACGGCCCUCGAAGUGCAUUUAAAGAGAAAUCGCGUCCGUCUGUUUACUUUUAUGCAAUGAGUGUUCACUAGUUCCCUAGUCUGAUACUAGUAUUGAGCCUAAUUCCGAGAUUAGAAACAGCUGUGAGCAUUUAAAAACCAAGUAUGAAAUAAAAUGAAAUUUAGGUGUUGUGAGCUAGCUUUACAGCAAGUGCGGUUGCUUCUGUACAAAGAGUGUGACAUUAGAGGAAGAAAAGUUUUGUUUGACUCGUCUACGAUAGAAAGACUUCCAGCGGAGAAAAAUGACAAACCAAACUUUAAAUAUGCCAACAAAGUCCCAUGCAUUUUGGAGGUGUCGAAUGGACAUAAAUAUAUAUACAAGGGUCAGGCGGCGGACGCGAGCCUACUCGGUGAGAUGAUAUUCGGCGCCGUGGCCAUGAACUACAAGAGCGUUGCUUUGAAGAUACAUAUCACUAAUGACCCGAGAAGGUUAUUAUGCACGAAGAUAUUCACGGUGCCAGUGCGUCGUGUCAGUCGGACGGAUCGGAAGGCGGGCAGCGGGGAAUUCGACCGCUCCAAGCCUCUGAGUGUGCCCACACGGGAGGAGGUGUCGCUCAGCUUCUCCCUGGAUAGGGGGGACUCGGGUUUUUGCGGCGAACCGUCCUCGUACGGUAGCGUGGGUUCCACUUACGACUACUUUUCCAUGUUCGACACCUGGGACGGCCUGCAGCAAGACGAAUACUCCUUUCAUACGCCCCCCGGCCGCAAGCUGAGUGAAUGCAGCAAUGGAAGCUGGCAACGGAGGACCUUCCAGAGUAUGGCCACCAGGUUUGACCUGGGCAGCAGUUCCAACUCCCUGAAGGUGCCCACUGCUACCACUGUGUCGAGUAAUGAUUCCCAGGUGUACAGUACCAGCUCAACUAGCGGGACCACGGACAGCUUAGCCAGUACAUCAUCAGCCGCUCGCACCAACAAGCUGGGUCUAGCGCUGCUCAUCACAGUCGCUGAUAAUGAGAACAUAGACCUAGUCCGGUGCUACGUGCAGCACUCGCCGCAGUUGCAGGCGCUCGUGUGCCGGCUGCGGGUGGCGACGCUAGCUGCCGGGACCACGGGAUCCUUCGUCUCCAUCCUGCAUAAGGCGUCCGAGGAUGCUACGAGGUGGCUAUCAGACCUCGUGUCGGGGCCGCGGCUGCAGCCUGUCUGGCUGAACCUGGCGACCAGCGAGCCCCGAGCUGCGUCCAAGAUGGCCGACACCCUCAUAGCUGAUAUCUGCGCGGUGCUGGCUGUGGGAGAUACGAAGACUACCAACUUCUUCAUAAGUACGCUGCUGACCCACGUCCUCACGCAUCACCUGGGCUGGGUCACCACCGUCAGUCCCUACGACGCGGUCGACCCUACCAAGGGCCAAAGCCAGCCCGAGCUCAGGCCCUACAACGCCCUGUGGGCGCAGCUCAUGGACCUCUGCGGCAGCAUAGGAGUUCCACCCAAAUCCGCGCGGACUAUAGUGAUCGGUGCCAAAAAUGUGCAAUUCGUGAAUAAACUACUGUCAGUGUUGACUUACUUUGUGCGGUGUGGGAGUAUCGACAGAAAUGAGUUCUCGUACAAGGAGUGUUCGUUGAAUGAAGCCAAAGUUGUGGACGUUGCGCGGACGAAUGAGUGCAGUAAAAACGUUGACUGUAAUAAAAAUGAGUGCAAAUUGGAAGCUCCCUCUCUAUCGGUAAGCGGUGGCAGCAACGGUAAGGCGUCGAAUGAGGUGGGCCUCAAGAAGUCGACGACGUUAGCCAACUUAAGCUCGCAGCUCUCCAGCGUAGAGUUUGGGGCGGACGGCAGCAGCGGCAGCCGCGUCGGUCAGUUCCGCCGCUGUCCGACCAUAGCCAUGGAGCACUCGUCCGACUCCAACCUCUCCAACUCCGACGAGGAGGUCGAAAAAAAGGUCGUAUUUGUGCUCGGCGACGACGAGAAACUCGUCGGAUUGAAAAACAAGUCCAACGGCGGGCGAAGCGUAAAGAAGUCGUCUAAAGUCCACCUGGACCCAGUUACCGUUGAGGAGAAAGACGAGUGCAAGGACAGCCCGUCGCAGUGCUGCAAGCAGACGCUUCAACAUUCCAAGCCCAUCAAACAUUCCGGUUUCAAGUUCGAGUUCGAUAAGUACCCGCAGAUAGUCACGAAUUACAUGAAGAGCAAAAACCUGGAGAUUCUGGACCGGCACUACAUUGGGAAGCCGGGAAAUCUCAAGUUGGAUAACUUCCAGUUUGAUCCCACUGUGGUUCUUCCCCUGCCUGAUGAGAAGUGCGAGGCGUGCGCCAAGUGCCAGAUGAUGGAGUCCCUGCUUCAGACACCAACCAACGCGUCGGAAAUGGAGUAUCUGAACGAUUUGCCCAGAAACGUGGAGCCACAGUACGCCAAAGAAACCAUCGUGGAGAGAUCGGAGCGGGAAAUAUCUCCCAAAACGUUCGUCCGGAAACGGAAAGAGAACACUAUAAUCGUGAACACUAAAGCAGCUCCGAAGAAAAUAGAGAAACCUAAGUUGGAGGUUAAGAAGAUUAUAGAGUUUCCCCUGCCGAGUCUGGGCUCAACGCACUCUGUUUGCCCAAGGUCCGGUUACGAUGCGUCAUUGCUAGGAGGAGUCACCGAUCACUAUGUACCUGAUUUAAUAUUGCAAGGAACGACUGAGAGCAGUAAGACGUGGGAGGAGGAGUUGAGGAGAGAUUUAGACUUGAGCUCGUACUUGAGCAAGACGCUGGGUGCGCCCGCGCAGAGCGUCGCCAUUGUUGCUGACACUCAACAAUGGGACGUGCGUGUAGUGGGUCGGGAGUGCGGCAGCAGCGGUCUGUCGCCGCUGGUGGGCAGCAUGCUCGACGCGCUGCCGGCCAUGAGGUCAGCGAGGGUGCCGUCGCAACAGUGCCUACUAUACCUGGAGAGUAAGCUUCGCGAGCUCUGCGUACUCUCCAAGACGUUAGCUGACAUGCUCAUGUCAACUGACUUCUGUGACAUGACGACUCUGACACGGGCGCUGCAGGUCGAUGUCAACGACGUGCCGCUAUUACUGGCCGUAGCGACCACACAUACGCCGCAGCUAGCGACAAGAUAUGGUAUUAGUUAUAGGUAGCCGUAGCAUCAUAGGACAAUUUGGAAAUACUGACAAAAGGUCUAUUGAACAAACUUCAGCUAAAAACUCUUCUGUCACGUGACGUCUGUGGUUAAAGCUGACCGCACAUUAGCUAUGUCCACACUAUGCGCUUUCGUCUUCAA